AUGGAAAACGUUCAACACGGUGUCACCGAGUCGACACCGCUUUUGCAAUCCGACCUCAACGGCGAUGCUCCCAACGGAAGUCCUUCCAGCCAAAGCAAGACCAGAGGUAAUGAGUGGCAGACGGCAUGGCAGAGACACUUUGCCCAGUGGUCCGCCCUGUAUGUCUGCAGCCUUUUUAUCCUGCUCGUGGAUGUCCCCAACUUCCUAAGCGAAGUCCCAAAGCUGCGUAUGCUCGAGCUUGGUCUCUGCCGCGACUACUACGCCGCCACUGACCCAAGCGUCAUCGGCCGCGAUGGCUCCGUACCCGAGCAUCUCUGCAAGGUCCAUGAGAUUCAGAGUGCUCUUGCCAAGAUGAGAGGCAUUCUCGGCAUGAUCGAGGGUAUCCCAGGUCUUAUCCUUGCUAUUCCAUAUGGCGUCCUGGCCGAUAGUAAGGGCCGCCGGUUGGUCACAGGCCUGAGUCUACUGGGCUUCGUCCUCCGAGAUAUUUGGGCUUUUACAGUGCUUUACUUUCACCAGAUAUUUCCUGUCCGUGCUGUCUAUGCAGCACCGGCCUUCUUGGUGCUGGGGGGCGGUUCUACUGUCAUCAGUCCCAUGAUCAUGGCCAUCAUUGCUGCUGCGAUCCCGGAAGCAUCACGAACACGAGCUUUCUUCUGGGUUCAAGUCGUCCUUCUCAUAACCGAGCUUAUUGCGCCACCGCUCGGUGCAGUUCUCAUGAAGGCAUUAGGCCCGCAUUUUGCUUUCCUCACAGCUGUCCCACUUGAGGCUCUUGCCUUCGUAGUACUUGGCUUUAUCCCCAACACAAGAUCACCCCAUAACACCCCAGAUGAUCAUGAAACAGCAAAUGACCAAAGUUCGUCAAAGAACAAGGCUCUGCGAGCUUCAUCGCACCUUUUGCAAAAUAUCCAACACGGUGUUCGUACUUUAGGCAGCCAUAAAAGUCUCCUGAUCGGCCUCCUUGCAUUGGUCGUAGCAAAGAUGGCUCGUCCCAUGCUGGAAUUGAUCUUGCAAUACAUGUCUGUGAGAUUUGGAUGGCCGCUGGCCAAGACGGCGUUCUUGCUCUCGAUUCAAGCCGCAGGCCAGAUUCUGCUCUUUGCUGUGGUUCUACCGCGAGUCAAUAUAUGGCUCAUUAACAGAAUGAAGACAUCUUCUGCUGCGAAUCUGGCGCUGACUCGAGUGUCAAUUCUCUUCCUCGUCGCUGGAUCACUCUGCAUGGGCCUCGCGACUGCUGUUCCGGCAUUUAUAAUUGCAUUCUUUGGAUACACGCUUGGCAAUGGCUUUUCAUCUGCCUUGCGAUCUCUCCUCACGACCAUGGUACAUCCAGAUCAUCUGUCACUUUUGUUUACUGCAAUCGCCGUGUUCGAGGGUAUAUCAACCAUUGGUGCCUCGCCACUCCUAGGACUGUCGUUCUCAGUAGGCUUGGACAUUGGGGGCAUGGCUGUGAGCCUGCCCUUCUUUGUUGCUUCAGUUCUGUAUGCCCUUGCUGCGGUGCUACUUAUUAGCGGCAUGUCUACAGAAUCUUGCCCCCCUGGUGCUUAG